UGUCGCGUCGCCGGAGAUCCGUCGCUCGCGCUGUAUCUGUCGCACGAGCUUUGUCCCCGCGGCGCCCAGGACUUUUGACAAACGAAGAAAGUUAAACGGUGACGUCACGGCGACAUAACCUCAAACGUAAUUUCGCUUUCGCGGCGUCUAUCCGGGUCUAACUAUCCGCGAGAUGCGAAGUGGUGUGUUUCGGCCGUGUCGGAAGGAUUUAGGGGUGGCAGAGAGGCAACUGUGAGACUGUGAUGGUGCUUUAGAGGGAGGAAAAUCAGCUAUUGUCUAGGUAGUGCCGACGAAGGAGACUUACUCAAAGGGUGCGCGAGUGCGUUAUGGCAAACGAUCUCCUCGUUUGCCUAGUUACCUCCCAAAAUGUUAACGCUAACAAUGAGAAGAGAAGAUAGACCUCCUAGAGUGCCAGUUACGAGCGCUAGUGAUGAGUUUGUGGAUAUUUUACAAGUGCAACAGUUGCUGCUAAAUGAGAACCGACGGGAAGCUCCGCCGCCGACACCGGGAAGCUCCCAUCAGCCCCCCGGCAGGGGGCUGGAGGGCUUCGGCGCCCCCGGGUACUACUAUGGGGGCUACCAGCCUCCCCCGCAACCGUCGACGUCGGCCGCCAGCGUGGACGACCUUGUGGCCAUGUGGUUCGCGGGACCUUCGACUUCAGUGUCGAACCUGCCUGUGGUGGCGGAGAAUCAACCAAACUGUGGCAAAAUGAUCAUGGACACUUUAGACACGCUGCCUAAUCAGCACCACCACCACCACCACCACCAUCAUCACCAUCAUUCCUCUGCGUACCUGCUGACGGAGAGCGCCGCGGCGGCGGCUGUCCACCACUUCAACGUCCUCAGCUUCGACACCUGCCUGUAUAAGACGGGCUCCAGCUCGAACAGUGGUGGCAGCCCCAUCCCCGCUUCGAUUUGCACCCCCACGGACGAUCCGGCACCCUCCGAGGCUCAGCCGGGCGACCUAAACACCCCCGUCACCACCUCCGGUGACAUUCCGAGCUUUUUCGGACCUAGCACCGUGGUGGAACCACCCCCCAUUACAGGUUCCUUAGACCCUGAAGAGCUAUCCAUCGAACAACAACAACAACAACACUCGAGCCCACACCACUCACCAACGAGCAGUCAAAUCACGGAACGCGCCACACCUCAAGAAUCCGCCCUAUCUCCCAGCCUAAGAGAAGAAGAAAACACAAAUCACAGCACACUAAGCAUGUAUCCUCACUCAAGCAACAACAACAUGGCGAAACUGCAACACAGGAGCGUGUACACAUCUGCGGGCAGCCCCAAUCUAGCGGGAAACAUCCAGAUGCAGAACUCCAGUCCUCUGGGACUAGGCCAGAACAUGGGGCAUUCACCUUCAGCCGUGAACCAGUGGUUGUUGAGUAGCGGCGACAAACCCAUGUACCCUUCCAUGUUCGGGUUGCUCCAGGGUACGUCGCAGAGCCCGCAGCAGCAGUACCCGUCAGCCACCCCCAGUCCCGCCGGCACCCAAUACGACGAUAGAUCGCAAGCCGAACAACUGAUGCUGACGAUGGACUGUACGACGAAUCUAGCCCUGAAACAACCUCCGUCGUACCCCAGCUGUUCCGCGACAAGUACCACCUUGCAGUUGGACAUGCAGCAGCAGCAGGACCUGGUGUACUCGAGGGUGGGCCAACCGCUGGUGGCCAGUACCGCAAAGUACCAGUGGGAGACACAGGAAUACGGCUCCCCGCAGAACACCGGUGGCUUGGUGGUGCCGGGGCCAUCGAGCCUGGUGCCCAAACAGGAACCGUUCAGUGCUACGUGUAGUGGUGACCUAGGACAGAGCUCGAGUGCUGCCUAUGGCGUGCAACUGGCCGAGUACAACCCCUCGACGAGCAAAGGACACGAGAUCCUCAGCCAGGUGUACCAACAGAGUCCCGUGCCGCUCAAGUUAGUACCGGUGAAACCGCGGAAAUACCCGAACAGGCCGAGCAAGACGCCCGUGCACGAGAGACCGUACGCGUGCCCCGUGGAAAACUGUGAUCGGCGGUUUUCUCGGUCCGACGAACUCACGAGACACAUCAGGAUACACACGGGACAGAAGCCCUUCCAGUGCAGGAUAUGCAUGAGGAGUUUCUCCAGGUCGGACCACCUCACGACGCACAUACGGACGCACACCGGCGAGAAGCCCUUCUCCUGCGACGUCUGCGGCAGGAAGUUCGCCAGAAGCGACGAGAAGAAGAGACACGCAAAGGUCCACCUGAAGCAGCGGAUGAAAAAGGAGAACAAACUAGGCAACAACAACGCGCCGCAGUCCUCGUCGUCGGCGUCGUCCUCGGUACAGUCGUCGCAGGGCUCGCAGGGCCACCACCACCACCUGCACCCCCACCAGCAGGUCGCGCAGCACCUCCACCAGUCCCACACCGUGACGAGCGAGGAGGGUCUCAGCCUCCCCGUGGUCACCAGCACCCUGUGAGACUUGCCAUCCACCGGGAUAGAACCCGGUGAGUGCGUGCUGUUGAUACGCGACGACUGUGAUCUAGGCGUGCUAGACCUUGACCAGCCCAGGAUAAUCUUUCUUCAAAUCGAAUGAGAUACACUGAAGAUACCUGAUUUAUUGAUCUCCAGAAUUAGAGAGGCCUAUCAUAUAGCGCCCCUAUGUCUUAAGUCUGUGCCAUUAUCUGUGUCAAGAAUAUUAUUAUUUAUGUAGAGGACGGUGAUGAGGAGUGCGCUUGGACCUCGAGGACAAGUCCCAGGUGUCUUGAUAGUUGAGAAGGCAAGUAUAAAUGAGUUUUUGACGCGGCGAUCAUUAAUAACCGGACCAGAUAUACAGGGUGGACAAGAACCGAUGGCUGGCCGCCAUCGCAGGAAAAAGAAAGAGCAGAUAAGAAAUCGGAAGCUCUUUGACUUGAAAUCCCAUCUUGAUGAGUUAUUUUUCCAAUUUCACGCAUGUCUUUUUACAUCGUACGAAAGUUCUUAUUUUUCUCGACAACUUUUAUUAAAAAACUUUUUCGAUAUCUCUUCCCGUUCAGAAGAUAAAAUGAUUUGUAUGAAGAUGCGCAGUCGUUAUAUCAAGUCUAUUACUGAUUUUAACAGGCGUAGAAAACAAAAUAAUUCCAAUGCUCAUCAUAUUAAUUUUGACGUCUCUACAAAGCGGUACUGCUAAUUUCGUACCUUCCCGAACUUACCCCCCAAAAAAAACAGAAUCAUCUACUUUUUCGUGGUGUAAUGAUUUUUUUUUGCACGAAAUGCUAAUAAUGGAUAUAAACAUUGGAAGUAUCUUAUUUUUCACGGCAACUCUGAUAAAAUCAGUAACAGACUUGAUCAAACCAGUACUUUCCUUGACUUAUCAUUUUUAUCUUUUAAACGGGAAGAGAUAUCGAAAAACUUUUUUAACAAAAGUUGUUGGAAAAACUGAGAAUUUUAAUAUAACGUAAAAAAUUGUGAAAUCGGGAAAUUAGUCGAUAACUUAUAUCACCAUAAAAGUCCUAGCUUGAGAUUUCCUAUUUGCUCUUUCUGUUUUUCCUGUUAUCACGGUAGUUGGCUAUGAAAAUAUAAUUAUCUAGUAGGUCUGGUAAAUUUUUGAACAAAUGAUGAUAUUAAAUAGCGUAACUCUCUGUAUAUUAUCCAAAUCUGAGUCUAUUCGGGAGAUGUUAACGGUGUACAUGUUGAAAUGGACCACCCUGUAUAUGGCGAAUUCGGAUGAGACGGGCAAUUUAUCUUUAGAUUGUAAAAAUGCUAAGUGCCUUAUUAUACUAUUAAGAAACCUGUGGCUUUCUUUUUUUCGAGGCGUCGCCGAAAUAAUUUAUAUCUAUUUUCUUGGUAGAUUUAUGAACCCGAAGACUAAAUAUAUGUCACGUUAAAUGUUGUAAAUACCCGACAUGUCACCAGCGAUGGUAUUUUAAGCCAGUUAAAGCUGCCACAGACUGAAUUCUGCGGUUCCGCCGCCCAAAAAGGUUGUUGUUAAAAUUAAAGUCCUAUUUUUGUAUGUUUCAAAAUAAUUGUUGAUCGUAUGUAUAUUUUAUUUUUAAUAGUGUUCUGAACACAAACGUAUAGUUUCUUUUUAACAAUCUAGGAUCAGUAACAAGAGCUUUAAUUAAUUUUUUAGGUUUAAAACUGUUUUUUAAACAUCGUUGCCAAAUAACACCUUUUAAACCGUUUUUUAAUACAUUCCGUACUAUUUUUUUUAUUAAUGAUCACUUAUAUACUUUAUAUUUAUUUCAUUAGCUAUUAGGAACACAGUCAAUAUUAGAUGCAAUCAAUAGUGAUCAGGAUCUAAAAUGCACACUGCGACAUGCUGUUUGGAUAAAAAAAAAAAGUUUGGAUAAUAUCGAGUUUGCCUUAAGAAGUGUCUUUUCUAUAGUAGGAUUUUAAAAAUAUUGUCCGAGGCCAUGCUGUUAAAAAUAUAGUUACCAUAUACUCUAAUGACGAUCAGACAGGCGUUCACUACUUCUCUCGUAACUUCAAAAGCUCUGUGGACUCGAAUGUCGAACGCUAAUUAUCUACUUUCCCUCGCUGAAAACAAAAACAUCGCUCAAGUCACUUCAGGACAGUGGAGUGCAUAUGUCUGAGUCGUUGUUAAACUGUACACACACACACACAUACACAGACGAGUAGUUAGAAGAGGUACGAAUAUAUAAAGAUGACAAAAUGAUUAUCUGUUGUCCCGUGGUGCUGUCCACAUUAAAAAAAGCAAACAAUAUUUAGGCCUAAAUAAUUUCGUUCAAGUAUUUUGUAAAUUAACGACGGAUCUUGUAUAAUGUGUACAUAAAAGAAAUAAUUUAAAUAACAUUAUUAAGUUUGUAAAUAUUAUAAAUAUUUAAUUAUUAUUAUUAAAAAUGAAUUGUUAAAAUGUCGGCUGUUGUAUUGAAUAACUGUUGUUUAAGAAAGCUCACUUAUGAAUAAUAAUUCUUCCUUCAUUUUUGCACAUACCUAUCCAGUUAGGUCUCUAUUUUUAUAUCCUAAAAUAUUAGAUGUUUCCUAAAAUGUACCUACCUAAAUUAUGUGGGAUAAACGGACUGGCAGGCGUAAAGCCCCUCUCACGUGCGUUCUGAUCAAACGAAACAGAGGCAGAAAUUCUGCAAAGAGGCCUUUAAUUUGGCGGUCCGUUUCCGACAAAACCGUUAAAUUUUUCGUCAAUCAUGAGGCUGUUAAUUAAUCAUCUUAUUGUUAAUGUGAUAUUUGAAUACCUAGGUGGAUAUUUGAAAUUACCUUUUCUGUCUCAUCGAGAUUAUUCGAAUCUAUUUAUUUCUACAUGUUGAUUGUCAAAAAAAAAGUUCAGUUAUCAAGUGAAUAACGCAAUUUAUUGAUGUAUAUUCAUGGUUGUGUCAGCUAUUAUUAAAUCUUCUCACUGAAUCAGGAAAAUAAACUGCUGAUGAUAAAUA